CUCAAUAAACUUCACAUUUCUAUGAUCACUAGAUCUUAAUUUUAGCCCUUACUGUUUAAGGGAAAUAAAAAUAUUUUUACAUAUAUUCGAAACACGUGAUCAAUCACAUUAAAGGUUACGUUGUACUACAUUCAAAUUAUAAAUCAAGCUGGAAAAUUGUCACUUGAGAACUUCGAAGAAAAAUGAGUAGACGUCGUGAUUAUACAGGGAGAGCGCCUGACAAAGAUUUUCUUAUUGAAAGAAAACGUCGUCGUCUAGAAAUUUCUUAUUCAAUAUGGCCUUCUUCGCCUGAACCAGAGCCAUUAAGCCCACGUGAACGAUAUAAAAAAGGAUCUCGAUUUGAAGCUAGUAAUUCAGAUAGUGAAGAUAGGAAAAGACACAAAACGAAAAAACAUAAAAAAUCCGAAUCUAAGUCAGACUAUCGUUCAUCUAAACAUAAAAAAAGUUCUAAACGACAUAAAAAACAAAAGAAACAUCGAUAUAGCAGCCCUUCAAGCGAGACUGAAACUGAUCAACGUAGUGAAGUCUCUGUUAAAGAUCGAGAAACUCAGGUUUUGAAAGAAGAUACAUUUAUUUCUGAAGAAAUAGAAAAAAUUGUAGAAAAACGGGCUGAGCAACAACAGCAGGAAGAUACAAUAGUAGGACCGUUACCCACGCCUGUUAAUGAAACGAAGCUAGGAGAAAGAGAUUAUGGUGGAGCAUUGCUUGCAGGGGAAGGUUCGGCUAUGGCGGCAUAUGUUCAGGAAGGAAAACGUAUUCCACGUCGUGGUGAAAUUGGGUUAACAAGUAAUGAAAUUCAAUCAUUUGAGGACGUUGGCUAUGUUAUGAGUGGAAGUCGGCAUAGGCGUAUGAAUGCUGUUCGUAUUCGUAAAGAAAAUCAAGUCAUAUCUGCUGAAGAGAAAAGAGCAGUGAUGUUAUUUAAUCAAGAAGAAAAAUCCAAGAAGGAGAACAAGAUUAUUUCGGAUUUCAGAGAAUUAUUAUCAGAAAAAAUGCGAGGAAAACAAUAAUUUUUAUUAGUAUUACUGGACAUUCAAUAUACUUCAUAAUUUAAGUUUUCUUUAUUACCUGUUACGUUUUGUUGUAGUAAUCAUAGUUAAAAAGUCUGUUUGUAAAAAAACGGUUUGACUGAUUAAAAUAAAUCACGCGAUUAAGUACAAAACCAAAUUACCAAAUUAGUCUCCAUACAAAUCGGGGGUUAGCCAAUUAUUUUCAUUACUUUUAUUAUGAAUGUAU